AUCAAAAGUUUCGUGUUAUUACUAUGGUGAUGAAAUUUUGAUCACAAAAAAGUUUUUUUUGUUUACAAAUUUUCAUUACCACCUAAUACCACCUCUUCCUAUGGGAAUGCAUUGGAAUGAAUUUUAUGAAGAAAAUGAGAUGAUUGAGGUUAGACAAGCAUGACCAUCAAGGUAGCUAAGAGAUUUUUCAACCAAAAUUACACUAAUUUUCAUUUCCAUUACCACUGUUUAUUACCACCUACUAAACGGGUCGUUGAGGUAGUUGAUAUCAUGACCGAGAUAGUCCAAUCCCUUGGCCAAAACAACGCUCCUUUUACUGUCAAUAUCGAUCCUUUCCUAAGUCUUUCUAUAAAUGAAAAUUUUCCGUUUAGCUAUGCAUUCUUCAAUGGAAAAGCUAUUCCGGUUGCAGAUAAUGGGAUGUUGUACACUAAUGUUUUUGAUGCCAACUUUGACACUGGUGUAUCAGCCUUGAAUGUCGUUGGAUGGCCAACUGAUGGCGAUAAAAAGGCCAAUGUUAAGAAUGCUAUUAGGUUUUAUAGGGGCCUACUGCCUAGAAUUGCAGCUAACACAGGUACGCCUUUGAGAUCCGGAUAUAUAAAUAUGUACAUGUACUUGUUCGGGCUCCUUGAUGAAAAUGUGAAGAGUGUUGCACCCGGGUGAUUUGAGAGGCAUUGGGGAUUCCAAUACGAUGGACGGCCAAAAUUCCUUACGAAUCUGUCUGGCCAAAACCGAGACAUUUAUCUUGUGGGUGCAAAGAAUGUGAAAUAUCUUGAAAAUGGAUGGUGUGAAUUUGCAUGCACUCAGAGAUAACAUUGAUUUUGCAUGCACUCAUGCCAAUUGUACUAGUCUUGGUUAUGGCUCAUCUUGUUAGGGCUUUGAUGCAUAUAGAAAUGCAUCGUUUGCAUUCAACGCGUACUUUCAAACCUAAAGCGAAAUCUAGAGGCGUUUGGCUAAGCUAACUAGGCAAAAAGAAUAUCUCCACUAGAACUUGCAAUGUUAUACCAACUGAGAUAAGAUUUGAUUUUCACAAUAUCAAAACUUGAGACUUUUUCAAGGACAAUAGUUUUAAUGAUGCUUUUUGUCACUUUUUUUAACACAAUAUAUGUAGCAAGUUUAAAGUGAUGGAAUAACAUAAUAUUUGCAGUAGAGUUUGUCAUCUUAGUGGCUAUGAAGAUGCAAUUGAAUUUUUUUUUAAAGAAUUGCAUCUCUGUUGUGUUAACAACGGGUCAAGGCCACAGAUCAAGUCGAAUCGACUCAUAAAAGUAAUUGGAUCAAAAUUUUCAAUUCAGUUUCACUUAUUUUAGAUUAGGAUAGUCGAAUUAGUAGUUUAGAUCAACUUUAUCAUCAUCAUCAUUCUCAGUGUAUUCCGCUCAUAAAAAACCAUGGUCAGAAUCUGAAGAGGAAAGAAAGUACGAGAGCUCAGAUCAACUUUAACAGUUAGUUGAAAUUGGCAAUUUGUAUGAAAGUUUUAGGUAAUCAGUGGGCCCUAUGUCCUUAGCCCUUUGAAUAUAAUUUGACCAAGAACUACCGCCCUCUUAUAUAAAUAUACACAUCCUAAUUCUCAUGUAUGCAUUACACUUAUACUCUAAAAUUCAAUCCGUCAAAAAAAAAAAUUGAUAUUUAAAGUGAAGAAAUGCACCCCAUUUAAAAAUUUUGAUAACUCCAUUUAUUUACCCACAUUUCUAAUUAGUGAUGCUUGCUACAUAGAAGAAGUAUGUUUUAUUCCUCUAUUCAUGUAAAUUUUCAACAUUAUA